ACCUUCUCAUCGUUUGCAUUACAAGGGUGCGAAAAAUCGUCAAAAUGAACUUUGGUGAAUUUCCACUACCGGAUUGUGCGCCACUUAAAUCACGCCACAAUCCGAUCGAUUAUCCGGGAACCGCGAACAUAUCCUGCGCUCACAGGAUGAGGGAGCCGAAAUCCAACUGUCGCUACAUGAAACAGUUCUACGACUUGCGGAAAUCGACAGAAAUUGACCCGAACGACGAACUGGAGGCAAGAGAACUCGCGAGUCUCAACCGGCAAUACGAGUUCGAGAAACGCACCGAAAAACGUGUCUUCAAAGAAAAUAUUCGACGCCGGGUUGAACAAGAAAUGACAGCGUACGAGGAGAAGAUUAAUAUUCGCAGAGAAAAACUGCGCGCUAUGAUAUUAACGGAAGAGGUUGAAUUGACGAAAGAGGUCGUGGACCAGGCCCAGCGCGGCGGUGAUUCGAGGAUGAAUGAAAUGAGGGUGAGGGCUGAGGAUCUUCGUAGGCAACGCGCGGAGGAGCACAGGGCGACCGUUGCGGCAAAACGUAUGCAGCAGUACCUUGCUUGUUGCGCGGAAGCACGGGAGCAAAAAACCCAGAAGCUCGCGAGAGAUGUGAAGUGCUGUAACCUGAUACAAAUUGCGGAGAAUGAGGCGAAGCGUAGGGCUGAGAGGGAGCUAGAUGCUCUUUGGCACUGCCUGAUGUUGAAAGAAGUGGAGGCAAAAAAAGCGAGAGAAGUAGAGGAGGCGAAACGACGAGAACUCGUUAAAAAAGAGGUACGAGGUACGCUGAAUAAUCAGAUAGCCGGACUUCGUGUCCUAGAGGCGGAGGAACGUCAGUUGAAAGUCGAACAGCAAGAAGCUCUGCGGCUUUUGUGGGAAAAUAUCAUAAAGGAAGAGAAGCGUAAUUUAGAGAGAGAGAACCGUGACCGUGAAAAUCUUAAGAGGGACUUGGAGGAUCAAUUGAUGAAGAGACAGAAGAUUUUGGCGGAACGAGCUGCGGAAGAAAGUGCCAUGGACAAGAUGUUCAAACAACUCGGCGAGGCUGAAUUAGAUAAAGAGAAGAAUGCGAAAUCGUCAACCGCGAAGCGACUCCGUCGGGAGAUGUUCGCUUAUCUCAGUAACUUGGAAGCAAUAAGAGAGGAGGAAGCGCGAAGGAACGCCGAGGUAGACGCAAUUAUAGAGGAGUCGAAGAAGAACGUGGAAACGAGGCGCGCCCUUGCGAUUCGAAAGUUUAAAGAAGCGCGUGAGCGAAGUUUGCGCGAGGUCAUGGCUGGGCGUCAGGUGCAGAUAGAAGCGAAACGAGCCGCCGUGGAAAGGGAUAAACGAGAGGCCGAGGAGGAAGCACUGGCGCUGCAAAAAGAACUCGACCUUGAAGCGAAGCUCGCCGAGCUCGCGGAGAGCGAGCGGAAAGAAAGAGCCAAGAAGUACGGGGAGGAAUUGAAAGCGCAGCGGGACCACGUCGAGGCCCGACGACGUGGCGAAAAAGAAGAAGAUCAACGGAUGUAUGAAAAUGGCCUCGCCAGGGAGGAGGAAUACCAGAGGCAGACGAAGAUACUUCUCGAAGCAUCGGAGCACAUCACCCCGCACCCUUUCAAGUCAUUGCUAAAGGAAUGCGCGGCGCGACAUGCCGCUGAACAGAAGGGCCAGUGCUAUUGCCCACCUGCACUACCACCGCCGCCGCCGCCGCCUCCGCCACGCGCUGAAAUACCUUAGCUUUGAAUAAUUUUUAAUUAAA